AUGGCACGAAUUGCUGUUUUUCUGUCGUAUUACCGGCCUUGGGCCCUUUGUGCCCUUGCUUUUGCAAUCUACGUUCAAAUCAUUCGUGAUAAGAAUUAUUCUAUCCGACAUGCUCCGUUUUACAUGGGAAAGUAUUUGCUGGCGUUCUUGAGCGUUUGGGCAUUCUACCUGGUCUUUUUGUAUCAUCGGCUCUUUAGUCCCUUGAGGCACCUACCGCAGCCAAAGAGCGCGGGCUUUAUAAAUGGACAUUGGGCAGAGUCUGUCAGUCAGCCUGCUGGACUGCCAUUCAGACAUUGGUCAAGGACGAUUGAAAAUAAUGGGUUGAUCAGAUACAAGCAUCUUUUUAAUCAAGAGAGGCUCGUUGUCACCAGUCCUGAAGGUCUGAAGGAGGUUCUCGGCCAAAACAGCUAUGAUUAUGUCAAGCCUCACCUUCUCCGUGCUAUGGUCGGGAAGAUCCUUGGCUAUGGACUAUUGCUGUCAGAGGGAGAUGUACACAAGAUGCAAAGGAAGAACUUGAUGCCGGCAUUCAGCUUCCGUCAUAUCAAGGAACUAUAUCCCGUCUUUUGGAGCAAAGCACAAGAGCUAGUCCACGGGAUCGAAAAGGAGCUCAAAGAAGAGUCAACUUCAGAGAUCGACAUUGUAGACUGGGCAAGUCGAGCCUCUAUGGACAUUAUCGGCUCCGCAGGAAUGGGCCACGAGUUCAAGUCUCUCGCAGAUCCCAGCAUUGAAGACACGAUGAAGAUGUAUGGAUCAAUGGUCAAGCAGAGCCGUGGCGCCAAGCUUUUGACCGUUCUUCAACUGGUACUUCCCUCCAUUAUCACGGAUUACCUGCCAUUUCAGAGAAACAUGGGCGUCUUGGCUGCUUCGAAAGCAGCGAGGGAAACCUCUCAGAGACUAAUAAACGCGAAGAAGGUACAGAUGGCAGCUAAGGAGAAACUAUCACCUGAUAUCAUCUCUACGGCGCUUGAGUCUGGUCAUUUCACCGAUGAAGGACUCGUCGAUACGAUGAUGACCUUUUUGGCUGCUGGGCACGAGACCAGUGCUGCAGCGCUCACCUGGACAAUCUUUCUUCUGGCAAAGAACCAUGAUAUCCAGAAUCGCCUUAGAGAGGAGAUUCAACAGAAUGUUGAUGGACUUACUGACGAUGUUGACGCUAAGAAGCUCGAUGGCCUCUCUUAUCUCCAUGCAGUCUGCCAAGAAUCACUGAGGCUCUACGCACCAAUCCCCUUCACCGUCCGCGAUGCUCUCAAGGACACUCAAAUCCUCGGAACAUUCAUCCCCAAAGGAACAAUGGUCAUCCUCUGUCCAUGGGCCAUCAACAGAGCCCACGAACUCUGGGGCCCUGAUGCAGACGACUUCAACCCUGAGCGAUGGAUGGCACCUGGCCAAGCCAACUCAGGCGGUUCAAAGAACAACUACGCAUUCCUGACGUUUCUACACGGUCCUCGAGGAUGCAUUGGUCAGAAGUUUUCACUGGCUGAGCUCAUGGCUCUUACAUGCGCGUUGGUAGGGAGAUACAAGUUUGACAUAGAUAAGGACUACGAGGUACGGGAUAUCACGGAUGGAAUCGUGGCGAAGCCGAGCAAGGGACUGAAAGUCACUGUGGAGGAAGUGCAGGGCUGCAAGGAUGGCUGUCCCCAUACUUAUUCCCACACCCAAAUGACUCGGAAAAUAGCAGAAGCUCUGAGGGACUUGUUGGUCUUGGGGAGUGUUGCAGAUCUGUCUCCGCAGCGCCCUUCAUUCUGGCCGACUCUGGGGUUCGAGUUUUCGCUCUUCUUCAAGAAUCCAGCUUUCUCGUAUUCUUCACUCUUCAUCCAAGCAAUCAUGUCAAUAGCAGACGGUUCCUACGCUCGAGGCGAUCUUUUGAACGGUUGUAAGGACCUUAUUCCAGGCCUUCAGAAUGCCUACGGUUUUGUUCCCAGCCUAGCAGCUGGAAUCGUCUUUUGUCUUAUCUUUGCCGCUACGGGGAUUUAUCACAUCGUUCGAUCGUUCCAGAAGCGAAAAGCUACUUCGUACCUACUAGCUAUUUCUUCGUAUAUCGAACUCAUCGGCUGGAUUGGCCGAACGUGGUCGUCGAAAUGCGCAUACAACAAGAUUGCUUUCCUCCUUCAGAUCACCACCCUCGUCGUCGCUCCCAUCUUUGUCGCUGCCGCAAUCUACGUCACGCUGGGUUACCUCAUCAAAGCGGUCGGACCUCAAUACUCUGUCAUCAGGCCCAAGCUUUACCUCUGGAUCUUCCUCGUCGUUGAUGUCCUGGCUCUUCUGAUCCAGGCCGGCGGUGGCGGUCUUGCUUCGGGGGCAGCCAACAAAGGCAAAGACACCAAGCCGGGCGCCAACCUUAUGGUCGCUGGUAUCAUCUUCCAACUCGUCAGCAUGACUGGCUUUUGUAUUCUUUUUGCAAUCUUUGUUUUGAGAACACGAGGUCUUGAGCUCGCCAAAGGCCAGCGCUUCGUCAUCUACGCCACCAUCAUAUCCGUUGUGUUUGUCUACAUCCGAUGCAUCUACCGAACGGUCGAGCUCCUUGAAGGUUGGGAUGGAAAGUUGAUGAAGACUGAGGGAUACUUUAUUGGUCUUGAUGGUGUUUGUAUCGCAGUUGCUAUUCUGAUCUUUUGCAUCUUUGAUCCAGCUGUGCUGCUCGAUCAUGACAAGCAGCCUGAGCUUUCUUUCAACGAGCUUAACACCGUUUCUACAAAGUAA